ACACAAACACUUCAAACACCAAAUGUUUAUCGACACAAACAGCAGCUCCUCAGUUUCCUCUUCAAGGUCUUCUCCCUCUAAACAUCCCACAAUAUCCACCUGAAGCUCCUCCUCAAGUCUCCGAGUACCCCAGUCGUCCCCAGACUGAGACCUGGACCUGUUCCGUUUUUAGUCCAUGUUGAUACAUGAUCUGAUCUGAGAGUCAGAAUCACUGUCAGAGCUCCAGUCACUGAGUCAGAGCACUGGGAGGACAGGGAGAAAUGGGAGGACUGGGAGCACUGGGAGGACUGGGAGAACUGGGAGAACUGGGAGCACCGGGAGGACUGGGAGAACUGGGAGAACUGACAGCACUGGGAGCACUGGUAACUCUGGGAGAACUGUUAAAACUGGGAGAACUGGUAGAACUGGGAGCACUGGGAGCACUGGCAGGUCCAAGGGUCCUGCCAGAACUAGGUUUUGUGAGUUCAGGAUCUGACAGCGAUGAAACACUGUUGUUACCCUGACGACAGCAGAGGACAGGUCAGGUGGACAUGUCUCUACAUGGACAACAGUCUGUGGGGACAACAAGGGGUUAAACUCUGCUGCCACUGACUACAACACCCACAAUCCUCUGAGUGAGGUCAGGCUCUUUAAAUACCUCUAAACUACAGGACAUAUGUUCCUUCAGCUCAGGGUGUGAUUGGUUGUUGAGGCCACAGCAGCACCGGGAGCUCCUAUUGGCUCUGUAAGGUGUCAAUCCAAAGGUCAGGAGCCGGCCCGUGUUCGGGGCGGAGCCAUGAUGGAUAACAGGAAGCAGUAGCAGCUGGUGGAGUCAUGUGACUGAGAGACAUCAUCAGGAGCUGUGGUUCUGUGGAGAACAAAUCACAGCUGUUUGUUUGUUGUUUGUUGACUUAACGUGAUCGCCACAACCAGGCCGUAAACAAACUACACCACGGUCACAUGACUUAAUGUCACCGCCACAACCAGGCUGUAAACGAACUCCACCACGGUCACAUGACUUAACGUCAACGCCACAACCAGGCCGUAAACAAACUACACCACGGUCACGUGACUUAACGUCACCACCACAACCAGGCGGUAAACGAACUCCACCACGGUCACGUGACUUAACGUCACCGCCACAACCAGGCUGUAAACGAACUCCACCACGGUCACGUGACUUAACGUCACCGCCACAACCAGGCUGUAAACGAACUCCACCACGGUCACAUGACUUAACGUCACCGCCACAACCAGGCUGUAAACAGACUACACCACGGUCACAUGAGUUAACAUCACAGCCACAGCCAGGCUGUAAACAAACUACACCACGGUCACAUGACUUAACGUCACCGCCACAACCAGGCCAUAAACAAACUUCACCACGGUCACAUGACUUAACGUCACCGCCACAACCAGGCUGUAAACAGACUACACCACGGUCACAUGACUUAACGUCACCACCACAACCAGGCUGUAAACAGACUUCACCACGGUCACAUGACUUAACGUCACCGCCACAACCAGGCCGUAAACAAACUUCACCAAGGUCACAUGACUUAACAUCACAGCCACAGCCAGGCUGUAAACUGACUACACCACGGUCACAUGACUUAACGUCACCGCCACAGCCAGGCUGUAAACUGACUACACCACGGUCACAUGACUUAACGUCACCGCCACAACCAGGCUGUAAACAGACUAUGCCAUGGUCACAUGACUUAACGUCACAGCCACAACCAGGCUGUAAACAGACUACACCACGGUCACAUGACUUAACGUCACCGCCACAACCAGGCCGUAAACAAACUACACCACGGUCACAUGACUUAACGUCACCGCCACAACCAGGCUGUAAACAAACUACACCACGGUCACAUGACUUAACGUCACAGCCACAGCCAGGCUGUAAACAGACUACACCGUGGUCACAUGACUUAACGUCAAAAACUUCACCACAGUCACAUAACUGUCCUCAGAGACUGAAGACAGGAAGGUGUGUUCAGGGACGGACGGGGGUGUUUACAGACGAGCAGCUCUGUUGUUCGAAGGAUUAA